GCUCCCAGGGUACGCGCUGGCCUCAGAUGCAGAGUGUGUGUAGGAGUGUGUGUAAGAGUGUGUGUGUGUGUCAGUAUAUGUGUCGGUACUCCAUCCCUCUCUCUUGAUCCGGGACCCUCGUUGAUUCCCGACAACUGUUUCUGUCGAACGGACCAGAGCCGAUUCUGAUCGCCAGGGUGGAAGUAGGGUCAAGGAAUAACAUACCGCUCUUCAUCCCCCGAAUGCUCCCCGGGCUUCCUUUUUAACCCUUUGUGCCCUCUCAGUGAGCCGGACGGCCUUUGUAUCUCCUCAAGAAUAAUGGCCUUUUCAACAUUACCAUAGCGAGGCUGCGGUAGCUAUUCCACUCUGGGCAGGGAAUGGUUGGACCUUGGUUGGUUUUUCAACGUUGGGACAACGGUGUGCUUGCCUGCAGGAGAUUGAACGCCAUGCUGCCUCUGAGAAGGGAUCAGUUUGAUAACUUGGAGAAGCAUACGCAGUCAGGCAUCGAGUUCGUGGAGAGGUACACCAAAUUCGUUAAAGAGCGAACAGAAAUCGAAAUCAGCUAUGCAAAGCAGAUUAGGAAUCUAUCAAAGAAGUAUCAACCCAAGAAAAACUCCCGCGAGGAGGAGGAGAACAAGUACACAUCCUGCCGGGCUUUCCUGUCAACGUUGAAUGAACUGAACGACUACGCGGGUCAGCAUGAGGUGAUAGCUGAGAACCUGAGCUCUCAGAUCAUCGCAGAACUCUCCCGUUACCUGACAGAGCUCAAGGCAGAGAGGAAAUCGCAUUUCCAGGAUGGACGCAAAGCCCAGCAACACAUGGAGAGCUCAUGGAAACAACUGGAGUCGAGUAAACGGCGCUUCGAGAGGGACUGUAAAGAGGCGGACAGAGCACAGCAGUACUUUGAGAAAAUGGACAACGACAUCAACGUGACGAAGGCUGACGUGGAGAAGGCACGGCAGCAGGCUCAGAUGAGACACCAGAUGGCUGCAGACAGUAAGACUGAAUACUCCAACUUCCUGACCAAGUUCAACCAGGAGCAGAAUGAACAUUAUUACACCGUCAUCCCCAGUAUAUUCCAGAAACUUCAGGAGAUGGAGGAGAGGCGGAUUGAGAGGGUGGGUAUGUCCAUGAAGACGUACGCAGAUGUGGACCGCGAUGUGCUGCCUAUUGUAGGGAAGUGUCUGGAUGGAAUGACCAAGGCUGCUGAGUCUAUUGAGCCAAAGACAGACUCCAAGCAGGUAGUAGACUCGUACAAGUCUGGGUUUGAGCCCCCGGGUGAUUUAGAGUUUGAGGACUACGGGCCGGGCCAAGCCAUGAAGAGGACGGUGUCUGAGACCAGCCUGUCAAACUCACGAGGAGAGGGCAAGGAACGACCCAGCGGGGGCAAGAGCAAGGGGAAACUGUGGCCUUUCAUCAAGAACAAGAAUAAGCUUAUGUCCCUGUUAACGUCCCCGCAUCAGCCCCCCCCUGCCCCCCCUGCCUCCGGCCCCCCCUCACCCUCUGCUGUUCCCAACGACCCCCAGUCUCCCAAGCAGAGCAAGGAGCCCAUCUCCAACCGCUUCAAUGAGUUCAUGGCUUCCAAACCCAAAAUGACCUGCCUCCGAAGCCUGAGGCGAGGGCAGCCUCCUAUUCGCCCUCGCUCACUGUGUUAUCACAAAGACUGGAGGACUCAGGGCAUACCCACGUACGCCUUCGAGGCCAGGCAAUAUGUCUCUAAACUUCUUUCUCUCAAGCUGAUCACACUCAGUUCCCACGUCCGGAAUCUUAUCGAGGGUUCUGGACCUGAGGAUUUCAGCCACCUUCCUCCGGAACAGAGGAGAAAGAAGCUUCAGGCCAAGAUUGAUGACUUAAACAAGGACAUCCAGAAAGAGAUGGACCAGAAAGACGCCCUGACCAAGAUGAAGGGUGUGUACGAAAAGAAUCCCCAGAUGGGAGACCCUGCCAGUGUGGAUCCCAGGCUAGCGGAGAUAGCCCAGAACAUUGAGAAACUACAGUUCGAGGUGCAGAAAUUCGAGGGCUGGCUGGCAGAGGUGGAGGGAAGGUUACCAUCCAAGAGUGACCCUCCCAGGAGACAGAGCGGUCUGUAUGAGACUCAGAACAGCAACAGCAGCACAGUGGGCAACAACUGUGCCCAGGACAGAGAGAGCAGCCCGGAUGGCAGUUAUACAGAGGAGCAGAGUUCAGAGACUCAGGCUAAGGUGACCAUAUCAAACCCCCCAGAGGUAGAUGACGAGUUCGAUGAUGACGAGGAGACACUGCCUACCAUUGGCACCUGUAAAGCCAUCUACCCAUUUGAAGGUAAUGCUCCACUUGCAGGUCAUAAUGAGGGAACUAUCUCAGUGACAGAAGGAGAGCUGCUGUAUGUAAUAGAGGAGGACAAAGGGGACGGCUGGACGCGCGUCCGUAGGAACGAGGAUGAGGAAGGCUACGUGCCAACGUCCUACGUUGAGGUCUUUUUGGAAACAAACGCCAAAGAUUCCUAAAAGUUUGAGGCUGGCUCAGGAAUGGCAGGGCAAGCAGCCUCGGAGACAGAGCGACCAAGUUCAAGUUUCUUUUACUUUCAUAGUCAGAAAGAGAGAAACAUGACUGAGACAAACACAGGAGAACAAUUAUAAUGCAUCUCAGUUUCCAACCCGAUGCAGUCGUAGAUUUCUCUCCUGUACCGGUUUAUGACCACAAAAAAACAAUAAGAGAAAAACAAACCAAAUUGACCUGCAAAUCUUAUCUUUUUUUAAUAGACUAUUCCACAUUUGUCAUUUCCUUCUAUUGUCUCUGCAAAGCUUUGCUUUUGAUGUACUAACUCGCGUUGCCAUGGCGAGCUUUUGGCUCUCUCACCGCAAAUGAUCGCCAUGCCUGACUCCUGGCUCCCCUGCCGCCCUCGCCACCUCCCCUCCUAAAGCAUGGCAGGUUGUGGCCAGAGACAGGACCGGGACCAGCACAAUUUGUAAGCGAUCUGCCCCUCACCACACCCCACACACACCAUACAGGAAGGACGUACACAAAACCAUGUACCACCAAUCAACAGUCCCAUCCCAGUCAGUCUGGUGGAUGAGGUUGCCGACUCUCUCCCACUCACUCAUUGACUCAAAGCCAUCAUUACAGGACAAACUGUCCAGAUCCAACAUUACUUGGAAAGCCUGGAGUUCCCAUGGAAGCAACGCAUUAAUUCCACUUUCUCCGACUCCAUAUUUUGCAGGCUUCAAAUGGAAUGAAAAACAGGACACAGGUCAUCUUACUGUAUGUGUUUGUAACUUGAGUUGAGGUCUAGUGUGUGUGUGCGUGUGUGUGUGUGUGUGUGUGUGUGUCUGCUGUGGUGAUUGUCACUCUCAUGUCACAUCACCCAUACACACCCCUUGAGAGUGGGACAGGAUUGGGAGCUCCAAGACCAGGAGAGUUUGUGAUCAGGGACAAUUCAUUUCAUUACUUUACUUACCUGCAAUCUCUCUCCCUACCAUCCAUCAUUUGCUGUUACUGGCAUCUCGCCUGCUCCUCUCUCUGGCCACACCUCGUCCCUCCACAAGUCCCUCCCCCUCAGGCGUUAGCCGCAGGUCAUUUGGCUGUGUUAAGCGCCACGUCACAGCUUAGGGCGGGGCUUCUCACAGGCGGUGAAGUGUGCAUGCUUGCCCUGUCUCCUCCUUGGCUUGGGCCACUCACACCAGGGCCAGGGGCUGGCAUACAUCCCUGUUGCCUGGCCUGGCCAUUUGUCUUUCAGUUAACACCCAUUGCUUGUCACUCCUUAACCUGUUUAUAUGUUUUUACCGUUUGGGUUAUGUGCCUGUGGAUCAUCUGCUGGCUGUUAUUGCGUUUGUUUGUUGCGGUUUGACUGUUCCUCGUCUCUGAAAGCAUGUUGACCUGACCGUGUUUUUUUAAAGCAAGUGUGUGCUCUCCCACUGUCGUCUCCAGCUCAGUGUUAUUUGGCUCACAUGCUCCACCCCUUGAUGGUUCAGGAAAUGGCACAGGCACUAUUUUAUCAUAUGGUCAUUUUGACAGCACUGUUGUUUAUAGUGCCUCCGGAAAUUAAAUUGGUACAAACAUAUAUGUGGCGAACCAUUCAAACAAAAGAAAAUGUGUUGUGCGUAUAACACCUUUUUUUAUUGAUUUACUUGCCUUCCGAAUGAAUGAUUUGCCAGAAAUGUUUGUACCUUUUCAAUGUCUUAAAGCACCCAUCAAUUUUGUCAAAAUGGGAAUGGGGAGAAUGAUCGGCCAUUCUACUUUCCGAACCCGAAUCUUGGAAGCAAGGGGACGGAGCACAUGAGCAGUGUUACUGGAGACCACGGUAGUGUGUGGUUCUGAAAAGUACAUGGUUGGUUGUAGGUUGGUCAUUCAUCUGUGUUUUAUACUGUAUGUAUGUAAUGCUGUUGCCUGACAUUGUACAAUGUUUGAAUAGUGUGACUAAGACAAGUGGUCAUUGUCUCCCACUAGCCUCAUUCUGUGGAUCCGGUCUGUUUUGUUGUGUUGGUUUCUACACUUCCCCAACCAACAGGCCACUGAGGAUUAUAUACAUGUAUCUGUCUACCUGUUGGGCCUUAACAGGGUGAACGCCACCACUUAGUGUGAAAACACGGGCUGUACGAUGCCAUUCUCUUAUCUGUGAUGUGCUGAAUAGGUUAAGACAUCUCUCGUUAUAAACAGUAUACAUCUUUUUUUUUGAUGAAGGUUUGGAGGGGGUGCAAUUGUUUAGUUUGUAUGUUGAUGGUCGAGGUAGGUUGCUCAUGACCUCUACAUGGAUACAUGCAGGAUGAUGUCCAGUGUUUCCUUGUCUCGAAGGCACAUACAUGAUUUUUAACAUUUUGAUUUUGUUAUUAUUUUUAACAGUGUUGAGUCAAAGAGAUUUUAGCUUUUUAUUUUGUUGCUAGUAUAUUCUUUAGCUGUAAAACUGUAUUGCACCUGAAUUAGAAACCACUUGAUGGUGUUUGAUCACUGCAGAUGAAGGAAUAACACAGCUAUUGCUUUGUGUUGUCUAGAGAGGCCGUUAGUGACGUCAUCGGCCCCCAGUUGUGUUGACAAUGACCCCCUAUAACCUGUAGGGUUCGCUCCUAAUAACCACGGCCCAUAGGAACUGGGCAAAACAAGUGCACUGGUAGGGAAUAGGGUGCCACUCUGGGGGUAACUUCAAGAGACAAUAAAAGUAGUGUACUACAAUAUUACUUCUAAAGCAACAUGUCAAAGAGCAGCAACUGAAAUUGUAUCAAUGCAAACCAUGUAUAUUAUCACCAGUAGAACCGCAAUGACAGUGAUCCAUCAGCCUUUGGACUUCCCGUUACUUCACAGUAUAUAAAGAAGUAAUAGCUAGCAGUGCAAAUCUGUGUGUUCAGUGAAUGAGAAUCAGGUAAUGUCUCUUUUUGCUAUUCAAAUCCGUCCAUCUCUUAUUUUGACUACUACACCUAUAUAUUGACAUGGCUGUUGUUUGUUUGUAAGGAGUGAAAAGGCUAAAGUGAUUUUCAUACAGACCAUCAGAGGUGCAUCCUUGUGGUGUACUUCCAGUUCAGUCAGAGAUGCAGUAUAGAGGAGAAUCUGCCUAUCUCCUCUUUACGCUCAACUCUGAGACCAUCCCAGACCUUCAGACAGGCCCCAAUGCACCGUGCCCCAGCACACCUGUACAGAAGAUGGCUUGUUGGAAUUAGAGAGAAUAUAUAUAAAUAUAUAAAUAAAUAUUGAUUAAACUAAGACAUAAAAGGAAAUUAAAAUUAUAUUUUUGAGGUUUUAACUAUUAAAAUGUCUUACCAUUACUUUUUUCUCUGCUUUGCUAAGACAGUUUUUUCUUUUUUUUUCUUUUGUUUUGUAAAGUCCGCCAAAUGGUGUGUUUUGCACUUUUUUGUUUGUGUUCCAUUUGGUAUAUGCUUGUGUUUCGGAGCACUGAAUACUUUGUAUUGUGUUAACUGUGCCAAUUAAAUACAUGUCGAAAAUAA